GAUGAUAAGAAUAGACACGCGUCGUGUGUCAAUCUCUGUAUAAAUAAACGAGUAACUGAAGGUUUUCCUUUUAGUUUGACAUUAAAAAAAUUGCGAGAAGGUCGGUCGUUGCUCGAGUUUUCAUUUAAUUUGAAUUUUUUUCCCGAAGAACAAAGAAAAUGCAAGUCUCUCAAAAGCCCGCUGGUCCAUACAUUUACGGGCCCAAACGUCGUCUCCCGCCAGAAGUGUACGAAGACAACUACGCGUACCUCAUAAAUUAUUACCAACCGAUGAUCGAUUAUCUCGAUGCGAAAGAACGCGGUGGCUCGCCAAAACCUCCGACACUUCCGUGGCUCUGCGAACGCUGGAUGGACAAAUAUGACACGCGAAAACCCAUCAAACACUAUGACGAGUCCCGCUUGUCCGAGUUACGAAGCCGAAACGACAAACGUGCCCGAAAAAAUCUCCUGGAUUAUCGCGCCGACAUGAAACGUUCGUGCUUCUCGAUGAUCCAACGUGCCGAAGCAGCACGCGUCGAAGAACACCUGAAUCGCGUCUCAUUCCUCGAACGCAUCGAAAAAAAGUGGAAAAAGCGAUGUGACGAUCUCGAAAAGACCAUCAAGGAGGAACGCACGAAACGCUUGCAAGAUAUCGAACGAAAACUGGCUCAAGCAACGGCAGAGAACGAUCGCGAAUUUACGCCUUCCAUGAAGCAAGCGUUGCGUGGCCGAGACGAAGGGAGAAUUGCGCAAAUUCUCUUUUGGGAAAGCCGCAAAAAGCAAAUUGACAGAAGUGAACGCGAAAAUGCCGAACGAAUUUAUCGCGCGAAACAGGAAGAAGCGUGGAACCGAGCUCAUAAUUACGGCGCUGGCAUGACGGGACAAGGCAAGUGGCUGCAAAAGAACCUAAGCGGGAACAUAGAUGUCAUGAGAGACUCCCUGAAUCGAUAUAAUCGAAUGUUGCAUGAACUGAAACACAUUAAAUUAAACGACGACGAAGAAGAAUAAAAUUUUUGUUGAAUGCAUAAAAGUUUCAAGGUAACGUAUGAAUACCCCCAGCAUAUGUUGCCUUUCCUGUUCCUGUACUAAAAAUACGCCUUUUGUGUGCUUUUAAUGUCGUUUUUUUAGUUGAUGAGUCACAAAUUGGAAAAAAUAUAUUUUAU